AUGAGUGGCUUCCUCGCCUCCCUGGACCCCCGGCGGGUGCAGUGGGGGGCUGCCUGGUAUGCCAUGCACUCCAGGAUCCUGCGCACCAAGCCAGUGGAGUCCAUGCUGGAGGGAACAGGGCCCACCACGGCGCAUGACACCAAGCUAGCCCAGGUGCUCACCACUGUGGACCUCAUCUCCCUCGGCGUCGGCAGCUGUGUGGGCACUGGCAUGUACGUGGUGUCUGGCCUGGUGGCCAAGGAAAUGGCAGGACCUGGUGUCAUUGUGUCCUUCAUCAUUGCAGCCGUCGCCUCCAUAUUAUCAGGCGUCUGCUAUGCAGAGUUUGGAGUCCGAGUCCCCAAGACCACAGGAUCCGCCUACACUUACAGCUAUGUCACUGUCGGGGAAUUUGUGGCGUUUUUCAUUGGCUGGAAUCUGAUCCUGGAGUACCUGAUUGGCACUGCCGCUGGUGCGAGUGCUCUGAGCAGCAUGUUUGACUCGCUGGCAAACCACACCAUCAGCCGCUGGAUGGUGGAUACUGUGGGAGCCCUCAACGGCCUGGGGAAAGGUGAAGAAUCAUACCCAGACCUUCUGGCUCUGGUGAUCGCAGUCAUUGUGACCAUCAUCGUUGCUCUGGGAGUGAAGAAUUCUGUGGGCUUCAACAAUGUCCUCAACGUGCUGAACUUGGCAGUGUGGGUGUUCAUCAUGAUUGCGGGCCUUUUCUUUGUCAACGGGAAACACUGGGCUGAGGGCCAGUUCCUGCCCCAUGGCUGGUCAGGGGUACUGCAAGGAGCAGCCACAUGUUUCUAUGCUUUCAUUGGCUUUGACAUCAUCGCCACCACCGGAGAGGAGGCCAAGAAUCCCAACACAUCCAUCCCUUACGCUAUCACCGCCUCCCUGGUCAUCUGCCUGACAGCCUAUGUGUCUGUGAGCAUGAUCUUAACUCUGAUGGUGCCAUAUUAUGCCAUUGACACGGAAUCCCCACUCAUGGAGAUGUUUGUGGCCCAUGGGUUCUAUGCCGCCAAAUUUGUGGUGGCCAUUGGAUCUGUUGCAGGACUGACAGUCAGCUUGCUGGGCUCCCUCUUCCCAAUGCCGAGGGUCAUUUAUGCCAUGGCUGGUGAUGGGCUCCUUUUCAGGUUCCUGGCUCACGUAAGCUCCUACACAGAGACACCAGUGGUGGCCUGCAUCGUGUCGGGGUUCCUGGCAGCUCUCCUCUCACUGUUAGUCAGCCUGAGAGACCUGAUAGAGAUGAUGUCCAUUGGCACGCUCCUCGCCUACACCUUGGUCUCUGUCUGUGUCUUGCUCCUUCGAUACCAGCCUGAGAGUGACAUUGAUGGUUUUGUCAAGUUCUUGUCCGAGGAGCACACCAAGAAGAAGGAGGGCGCUCUGGCUGACUGCGAGAAGGAGACUUGUUCUCCUGGGAGUGAAGGGGAAGAGUUCUCCAGCCCAGCCACCAACACAUGUGGGGCCAAGAACUUACCAUCCCUGGGAGACAAUGAGAUGCUCAUCGGGAAAUCAGACAAGUCAACCUACAAUGUCAGCCACCCCAACUACGGCACCGUGGACAUGACCACAGGCAUAGAAGCCGACGAGUCUGAAAACAUUUAUCUCAUCAAGUUGAAGAAGCUGAUCGGGCCCCGUUAUUACACCAUGAGAAUCCGGCUGGGCCUUCCGGGCAAAAUGGACCGGCCCACGGCAGCGACAGGGCGCACGGUGACCAUCUGCGUGCUCCUGCUCUUCAUCCUCAUGUUCAUCUUCUGCUCCUUCAUCAUCUUUGGUUCUGACUACAUCUCACAGCAGAGCUGGUGGGCCAUCCUUCUGGUUGUUCUGAUGCUGCUGCUGAUCAGUGCCCUGGUGUUUGUGAUCCUGCAGCAGCCAGAGAACCCCAAGAAGCUGCCCUAUAUGGCCCCUUGCCUCCCCUUCGUGCCUGCCUUUGCCAUGCUGGUGAACAUCUAUCUCAUGCUAAAGCUGUCCACCAUCACAUGGAUCCGGUUUGCGGUCUGGUGCUUUGUGGGUAUGCUCAUUUAUUUUGGGUACGGCAUCUGGAACAGCACCCUGGAAAUCAGCGCUCGAGAGGAGGCCCUGCACCAAAGCACGUACCAGCGCUACGAUGUAGAUGACCCCUUCUCAGUGGAGGAGGGUUUCUCCUACGCCACAGAGGGUGAGAGCCAGGAGGACUGGGGCGGGCCGGCCGAGGACAAAGGCUUCUCUUACCAGCAGAUGUCAGAUGCGAAGGCAAACAGCCGGACAAGUAGCAAAGCGAAGAGCAAAAGCAAACACAAACAGAACUCAGAGGCCCUGAUUGCAAAUGAUGAGCUAGAUUACUCUCCGGAGUAG